AUGAAUGCCACCAAGAUUCUCCAGCAGGGCCGCCAGCCCAUGAUCCGCUUUCUGGGCAAACGCUCCACUCCCAGCAAGGUCGACCACACUCCUCAGGUCCACCCGGCAUCGCCCUCCCAAUCUCUUCCCGAGUCCUUCGCAAGCUAUCGCCAGAAAGCCCAGCAGCACGGUCCUCUGAACCAGAAGUCCCAGUUCUCGACCAGCCACAUCGGCGCUUCUCCCGGAUCCUCCCUCGGGCCUGUUGAGGCUGGAAAGGGCACCUUCUUCGACCGCUCUGAGCUUCCCCAGCGCUUCCAGCGGAUGGCAUGGACUCAAGCCGAGAUCGAGGCCAUUGAGUCCGGCGGUGCCAGCCUCCACGCAUGA